AUGGCGAAUUUUGAGAAAGUAGUUGGUGUAAAGAAAGUGAGGCAAAAAGAUCCAGAUGGAUGGGAUGUAACAAUGCCACUCCCAGGGGACAUAAUAGAAGGCAUUGGUGAAUUAGCUGCUGAUGAUGAUUCAUUUGUUCAGGCCAAGACAUGGUCAGAGUUAGCUUUAUUUCUUGGUAAAAUUGUUGGACAUUUCAUUUUGUUGAAAGUUAGAAGGGGAGAGAGUAGACUUAAACUCAGGGGAUAUGUCUUAGUUGAACGACGAUCCAAUCUGCAGAAAAGGUUUGUGGUUAGAGCAGCAUCUGAUGAAAGACAUCUUGCUGUUAUAGCAGAAUUAACUUUGGGACGUUGCACUGAACUCCAAGAAAUGAGCAGAAGAAUGGUAAAUUCGGGCUCACGGGGGUAUAACCAAAUGGGAUUACAAUAUGACUGGAAGAUGAAGGUGGGAACCUAUCUACCCGAUUCUCGUUCCACAAUUGUUAGCUCCAUACUUUUCAUGCCUUUAACAAGAGAGUAUAGAGUAGAAGCCACAAUGGUUCGAACCAUGGCCUGGUUUUCAGCAGCAGUAUCUUCAGGAAUCCCCCUUGUAUUUGUUAACAUUCAAACCGAGCAAAUAAGCAAUUUGGUAUUACUCUCUACCUUUUCUGAUAAUAAGCAGGAGAGGAGAAACAACACCGGGAAAGAUCUAACUUGGGGUAGGCAACUAGAUGGCUAUGCUGGUAACCAAUCCGCGCAAGGAGUAAGGCUCUGGUAUCUACCAGGAAUUGAAGAGGUUCCACUUGAACUAACACCUGAACCAGGAGAAACCAGAUUUGGAAUUGACAUUAAACGAACAGAUGAAGGAUUUGUCAGUAUAUACUCAGUAACAAAAGGGACAGCUGCAGAACGAGCCGGUUUAGUGCAUUUAUUUGAGCAAGCAAACAAAAGCGAGCAACUUCUUGUGAUUUCAAGGCUAGAAGGAAAAAGUCUUUUGCCUUCAACUGUCAGCCCAGAAGGUCUAAUAUACUGCUGUGAUCAUGGUGAUAUUAAGGAAACUCUCAAUUUGGCAAUGGAAAGAAGUGAUAGUAUUAGACUGCAUAUCAUGUCUUGGCCUAAUCAAACAACUCAAAAUACCACACGGUCAUUUGGUGCUGCAGUUCUUAUGCCUCCAAAUUGA